AUGUUGCAGUUGCUAGGACGACAGGAGGCGUCAUCCAGUGUUGAGAAUCGGCAUGUGGAUGGAGUAGAAUAUGAGAGAGCGCAGCCGCCUGGAGCAAUUUCCGUGCAAUCUCUGACAAAAGUGAAUACUCUGGAGGGCACGGGCAACCAGGAAUCUUCUGGUGCUGUUGGCUUAACCAUUUCCGGAUUACAUGAAUCCAUUUUUGAGCUAGAUUUGCCGCCGCAAGGUACACUGUAUACGAUUGUUGACUUAUAUUUCAAGCACGUCAAUCCAUGGUGUCCCAUUCUUGACCGAAAGGCGACGCUCGACAGACUUUUUGGAUCUUCCGUGCCAGAUGAGGCUGGCCGUGUCCUUCUGCAUGCUAUUGUCCGGACAACACUACGGUUUUACAGGGAUCAUAGCUUAACAUCACGAUGGCGCGAACAAUACGAUACUAUCUCGAAACAGAAGAUUUUACUCUAUGCCUUCGAGAAUACUAACAUUGAUGCGCUACAGGCUCUUAUGAUCCUCGCGUUGGAUGUACUUGGCAAAUCGUACGGGCCACAGAGCUGGACACUGCUAAGCAUGAUAGUGAGGAAUGUUAUACAGCUCGGGCUUGGGACGGAGAGGGGAGUGACUCUUGGGCCUCCUAGCUAUCAAUCGGUAGGCACUCUGCAAGAGUUUGCCCUGCCUCAACCAACUUCUUGGAUUGAAAAUGAAGGGCGCAGACGGUUGUUUUGGAUGACAUACAUCUUGGAUCGAUAUGCAUGUGUCGAAGCCGGCUCUGAUUUUACGCUUGAUGAACAGCAAACAGAUCGGCCGUUACCUUGCAGAUACGAUUUAUUUUCAAAAAACCAAGCGGUUGAAACUAGACGGUUUUUUGGACCCGGAAGACCAGAGAUUACAGUGAACCACGCCGAGAAUCUGGGUAGCUUCUCCUAUCACUGUGAGGUUCUACGAAUCUUAAGUCGUAUCCACAAAUUCCUGCGCAACCCCAUUGAUAUUGUCUCACUGGUGGACUUCGAGAAAUGGCAAGCUACGUAUCGCGGACUAGACCGCGAGCUUGAUAGGUGGCUUUACAGUCUACCAGACGGUUACAGUCGGAUUUCUCAACUCUGCCAUUCAAGCCCCACUAGUAGGAUAUCUAAUUGGAUCAUGCUCCAUGCAGCCUUUGUGGUUUCCGUCUUGCGACUGCAUUCUUGCGCUGCCUAUCCAAUAGUACGCUCACAAAUCUUCGCCCCGUCGUAUAGUGCGAUGCAACGCUGUAUUGCCGCGGUUGAGAGUUUACGUGAGAUCGUCCAAGACGUUGUUAAUACGGGGAUGUUGGACCUUCUUGGGCCUCAUUUUGCCUUCUCGCUGUGGGUUUCGGCGAGGGUGUUGUUGGUUGAUGCCUCAGUCAUGAAUACUGAUAUUAAUCCCAACAUCUGGUUUUUCCUAUCAACACUGGAGAAAAUGGGACAGUUUUGGGGAGUCGCCAAGAGAUACUCCCAGAUUCUAGAGCGCAUACUACAAGAGUAUCAAGAAGCCAAGCGUGUGGCUCUGACUUCACCUACAUCCUCAUCAUCACAUUCUCCCCAAUCGUCGGGACCAAAAUCUCUCAGGGAUAUGCGGCGAAACGCAUACGACCUCAGCAUUCUCCUAGCCCAAAGAUCCGCCUCAGCCCUCCAACUACCGUCCGUAAAAGUCCCCGCAUCAAAUGAACUUGAAUAUUACGAAGUCUUCGACUUCUUCAACUAUCCGCGGCCAUCCGUGGUCGUUGUAAACCACCACCCUCCACUUACAACAACUAGUGCUGGCUCAAAGCAAUUGGAAACUAAUGACCUUGAAAGCUGGGUAAGGCCGAAAACCCAUUUCGUAUCAACAAACUUCACAUAUUCGCGUACAGACCCCGACUGGCUCGCCUUCCAGCCUCCACAGGAUUAG